GCGUGACGUCAUCACGCUGCUGGUGUUUGUUUUCCGCGCCGCGCCAGAGAUGGAAACAUCAUCGAGCAGCAGGAAAACGGACGAACUAAUGACGGAUGAGGGAAUGGAAGCGGACGAUUCUGGACUCAGUGGGAGUGGAGAUGAUUCUCUGAGUGGCCUGCCAAGCCAUGUCCCUCAGUGCCCUUUGACCCCUGCGAUAUCACCACAAAAACAGACCACGAGCCAGUCAAAGGCAGAGCCUCCGCUGCUCAGGACGAGUAAAAAGACCAUCUAUACCGCUGGCAGACCGCCGUGGUACAACGUCACUGGGACCACGUUCAAAGAGGCCUUCGUCAUUGGUCUGUGUGGAGGAAGUGCUUCUGGGAAAACUACUGUAGCCAAUAAGAUCAUUGAGGCAUUAGAUGUUCCCUGGGUGGUUCUACUCUCCAUGGACUCUUUUUACAAGGUGCUGAACAAAGAAGAACAAGAGCUGACAGCAAGAAAUGAGUAUAACUUUGACCACCCUGAUGCCUUUGACUUUGAGCUGCUCAUCACCGUCCUCAGGAAGCUGAAGAAAGGUAAAAGCAUCAAAGUGCCAGUGUACGACUUCACGUCCCACUGCAGGUGCAAAGAAUGGAAAACAAUAUACGGAGCCAAUGUUGUGAUCUUUGAGGGCAUCCUGGCUUUUGCCAACAAGGAGCUGCUGAAGCUGCUGGACAUGAAGGUGUUUGUCGACACAGAUUCAGACAUCCGUUUGAUACGGAGACUGAAGAGGGACGUUUCACAUCGUGGCCGAGACAUAAGCGGCAUCAUCAAACAGUACAAUACAUUUGUGAAACCGGCCUUUGAGCAGUACAUCGAGCCUACGAUACAGCUCGCUGACAUUGUAGUGCCCAGAGGUGGAGAUAAUUUUGUAGCACUGGAUUUGAUUGUGCAACAUGUCCACGGUCAGUUGGAAAAGCGUGAGAUCAAUGUGAGAUCGGCUCUGGCCUCGGCUCACCAGGGGCAGCCUUUACCCAAAACCCUGAGUGUCAUGGAAUCCACGCCACAGGUUCACGGCAUGCACACCAUCAUCAGGAACAGAAAGACGAACCGUGACGAGUUUAUCUUCUACUCCAAGAGAUUAAUGAGGCUCCUGAUAGAACACGCGCUCUCCUUCCUGCCUCUCAAGUCGGUAUCUGUGGAGACGCCGCAGGGUGGAGCCUACGAGGGGAAGAGGCUGAGCGGGAAACGAAUCACCGGAGUGUCCAUCCUGAGAGCCGGAGAGACCAUGGAACAGGCUCUCACAGCCGUGUGCAAAGACAUCAGACUGGGAAAGAUCCUCAUCCAGACCAACCACGACACAGGAGAACCAGAGCUUCAUUACCUUCGCCUGCCAAAGGACAUCAGUGAGGAUUAUGUUAUUCUGAUGGACAGCACCGUGUCCACUGGAGCUGCUGCUCUCAUGGCCAUUCGAGUGCUGCUGGACCAUGAUGUGGCAGAAGAUAAGAUCUUCCUGUUGUCUCUGCUAACGGCAGCACUGGGCGUGCACUCUGUGGCUUACGCCUUCCCAAAGGUCCGCAUCAUCACCACCGCCAUCGACAUGGAGGUCAACGAGCAGUUCCACAUCAUCCCGGGCAUCGGUAAUUUUGGGGAUCGUUACUUUGGGACAGACGCGCCCUCAGACUGGUGUGAAAGUGAUGAAGGGAUGGACUUCUUAAUACCAUGUCACAGCUGACAGAAAGUCCGUCCCGCGUCCCUCACUGUCCCGCUCUGCCUCUGUCCUCUCCAUCACGGAGGUAAUGAUCCAUAAGCGGCUUCCAGUUCCCGUCUGUUCAAGAGAUUCUCCGAGUGCGACUAGU